CUGAUGAUGAGAUGAGAGAGUGUGGUUUCAGCUUUACCCCUUUAACAUGACUGAAUGGGGUUAGAGAGAUGGAGAUGAGGAUAGAUUUUUUUUUUGCUGUACAAACUCAAUUAAUUGCUGGAUCUAGGUUUUCCUUUUAUUAGUUCCAAUUGAUUUUGGAUCUUUUUGUUAAAUAAACCGAUUAAUUGGGGAAAUUUUUUCCAAUCGGCAGUUGGAUUUGGUGUUGAAGAUCUUGCUCUAUCGAGAUUUUUUACCUUUUGAAUUUUUUUUCUAUCUCUGUUCAACUUAGUAAUCAUCACCUUUUGAUUUUUGGAUGAUGAUGGUGAUAAGUGAGCUCAGAAUAAACUCUCUUUCCAUUAUCUUAUAGUUUUUCAACUCAAUUCCCAUUUUCAACCUCCCAAGACAGUUGAUUUCUUCAAUUUCCUCUUUCUCAGCUUCUCGGAUCUGUUUGUUGCUGUGAGAUUCCACCUUCCUAUCCGCGGAAACACCACCAAUUUCAGAUCCGAAAAAUUAGGGUUCUUCAUCGAUGUGUCUGUUUCAGUUUCAGAGCGUGAUGAAUUACUUCCCGGAGGAAGUGCUCGAACACGUGUUCGAUUUCCUGACCUCGCACCGCGACCGGAAUACGGUGUCGCUGGUGUGCAAAUCGUGGUACAGCGUGGAGCGAUUCAGCCGCGAGAAGGUGUUCAUCGGCAACUGCUACGCCGUGAAUCCGGAGCGGUUGAUUGCUAGGUUUCCGCGGCUCCGAUCGUUGACACUGAAAGGGAAGCCUCAUUUCGCGGAUUUCAAUCUGGUGCCUGAUGGCUGGGGCGGCCACGUGUACCCAUGGAUCGAGGCGAUGGCCAAGAGCGGAAUCAAUCUAGAGGAGCUGAAGUUGAAGAGGAUGGUGGUGUCGGAUGAGAGCCUCGAGCUGCUUGCGAAAUCUUUCCCCAAUUUCAAGUCUUUGGUUUUGGUCAGCUGUGAAGGGUUCACUACCGUUGGUCUUGCUGCCAUUGCAUCCAAUUGCAGGUUCCUCAGGGAGCUCGAUCUGCAGGAAAAUGAAGUUGAUGAUCUCAAGGGCAAGUGGCUCAGUUGUUUUCCAGAGAGCUGUACCUCUUUGGUCUCGUUAAAUUUUGCAUGCCUCAAGGGAGAGGUUAACGUUGUUGCUCUCGAGAGACUGGUUGCAAGAUGUCCCAACCUUAGGAGUCUAAGACUGAACCACACAGUGCCUCUGGAGGUUCUGCAGAAGAUUUUGGUUCGAGCUCCUCAGUUGAGUGAUUUGGGCACUGGCUCCUUCACCCAUGAUCCGGACUCGGAGACUUUUAUCAAACUGAAAAAUGCUAUGAAGAAUUGUCAUUCAAUUAGAAGCUUGUCAGGGUUUCUGGAUGUGAAUGGACGCUGCUUGCCCGCUAUCUACCCAAUCUGCAUCAGUUUGACCUCGUUGAACUUGAGUUACGCCCCUGGAAUCUUCAGUAAUGAGCUUAUAAAGCUAAUCUGUCACUGCAAGAAAAUAGAGCGGCUCUGGAUUUUAGAUACCAUCGGAGAUAAAGGACUUGGUGUCGUGGCCAACACAUGCAAGGAGCUACAGGAGUUGAGAGUCUUCCCAUCUGACCUCUAUGGCGUGGGAAAUACAGCUGUAACGGAAGAAGGGCUUGUUGCUAUAUCAGCUGGAUGCCCAAAGCUGAACUCAAUCUUGUACUUCUGUCAGCAGAUGACCAAUGCUGCCCUCAUCACAGUAGCCAAAAACUGCCCUAACUUCAUACGUUUUCGGCUGUGCACCCUUGACCCAAUUGUACCAGAUGCUGUAACCAACCAACCACUCGAUGAAGGUUUUGGGGCGAUUGUCCAGUCAUGCAAGCGCCUGACACGGCUAUCAGUCUCUGGCCUUCUGACGGAUCAAGUCUUUCUUUACAUAGGCAUGUAUGCUGAGCAGCUUGAAAUGCUCUCUAUCGCGUUUGCUGGUGACAGCGACAAAGGGAUGCUCUAUGUGCUCAACGGGUGCAAGAAACUGAAGAAGCUGGAGAUCAGAGACAGCCCGUUUGGUAACAUGGCACUUUUAUCGGACAUGGGGAAGUAUGAAACAAUGCGAUCCCUUUGGAUGUCCUCAUGUGAAGUGACCCUCGGAGGAUGCAAGACUCUGGCUGAGAAGAUGCCGUGGCUUAAUGUUGAGAUAAUCAACGAGCACGAGGCUGGUGAGGGGGAGGGCGAGGCCAGCUGUGAUGAUAGGCAUAGAGUCGAGAAGAUGUACUUGUACCGGACCCUUGUUGGGCCUCGGAAGGAUGCCCCUGAUUUUGUUUGGACGCUGUAAAUGCGGCAGCCGGAGCGAGCUGUUGCUCGUAUGUAUUAAUUAGCUCUAGGUUGUUAAUUUAGACACCACCUGUUUAUGUAUUUGCUAGUUCACUGAUGUCUUAUUGUUGUUAUAUAUGGAGAGGGGGAUAUUCAUUUGACUUCAAACUAUGUAUCUUGCUUUCGUUUA